GAAAGACUAGUUUAUUGACUUACUGUCUCGUCGUUGUUUGAGAGAAACGUUUCUGUUCAGUUAACUUCAUCUCUUACGCAACAUGCCUGGCCCAAACAUCCAAUGAAGUAAUUAAUCAUCCACGAAGUCAAGCUUUGCCGUUAAGUUGGCAUAUGGUAGCCGCAUCGACCUGAAAACGACGGGAAAUGGCUUUCACCAUGCAUUCUGACGUUCGAUCGGCGAUUCAAAUCGCUUCCCGUUUCCGCCGCCGAGGCGGUCAACCCCGUCGCCUGUUAUUUCCAAUUUCGAUUGCCUUUGGCUCUCGAUUCGGUGGUUCUGUAGCGGCGGUGGAUGCGAGUGCAAAGGCAAGAGCUUUCUCCACGGGUAAUUCCGGAAAGGAUGAAUUAGAGAGCGUAGAGGCUAAAAAGAUGUCGGAGAAGCCGUCGAUAUGCACCGCCGAUGAGCUCCAUUACGUCUCUGCUAACAAUUCUCCUUGGAGGCUCGCUCUCUGGCGCUAUGUUCCUCCUCCAGAGGCUCCGAAGAGGAAUCAUCCACUUCUGCUGCUAUCAGGUGUAGGAACUAAUGCUAUUGGAUAUGAUCUUUCUCCUGGGUCAUCAUUUGCUCGUCACAUGUGUGGACAAGGGUUUGACACAUGGAUCCUUGAAGUAAGAGGAGCCGGACUUAGCGUGAAUGAAUCAGAUUUCAAAAAUAUUGAGAAUGCUUCUCAUGAAAUGUCUGAAGAUAUGAAGAGUGCCACUAGGAGUGCAAAUGAUGGGGAUUUAUCUGUAGCCAAGAAUUCAAGAAGUGCCUACAGAAACUUAGAAGAUUUUGACAUAGCUUUGGUCAAAGAAGACUCAGUAGAAAUCGGGACAGUCUUUGAUGAGUCAAGAUUAGUGAACCAGCUGACAGAAACAUUCAUGCGUUUGUCUGAAAGACUCUCCGGGUUUCUUAGUGAGAGUCAAUCAAAGAUUAUUUCUGCUAAGUUAGUUGAUCAAAUAUCUCGACUCUUACAAGAUUCAUUCCUAUAUGAGCGGUUCAAUGAGAUACGAAACAAUUUACUCAGUUUGCUGGAAACAAGGCAAAACUCUGCUGCUGUAAGCCAAAUUAGAGAUCUAAGCCAGAGGAUAGUAAAUAUCAUUGACGAAGGUCAGCGUUCUGUGUCACCCCCCCUGUUUAAUCUGCAAGAGCGUUUGGUCUCAACCAUAGACGAUUUCCAGAAACAACUAGAUUUAAUAGUCAAGUAUGAUUGGGACUUUGACAACUAUCUGGAAGAGGAUGUACCUGCUGCGGUGAGAUGGAAUAUAUAAGUGCCCAAACCAAACCAAAGGAUGGCAGAUUGCUUGCAAUUGGACAUUCCAUGGGAGGAAUCUUACUGUAUGGAAGGUUAUCACGAUGUGCUGCGGAAGGCAAAGAUCCUGGAUUAGCAGCUGUUGUAACUCUGGCAUCGUCACUUGAUUAUACACCAUCUAAAUCUGCACUCAAACUGCUUAUACCCCUUGCUGAUCCUGCCCAGGCACUCAAUGUACCUGUUAUUCCUCUAGGAUCAUUAUUGACAGCAGCUUAUCCCCUAACAUCUAGCCCUCCUUACGUUUUGUCUUGGCUCAAUGACAUGAUAUCUGCUGGAGACAUGAUGGCUCCAGAGUUGUUGAAAAAACUUGUUCAGAACAACUUUUAUAAUGUUAGCCGACCCCAAACUCUUUAGGGAUUAAGGCUUGGAUGUUGUUGUAUUUGACAGAUAAUCCUGGCUCAAAGAAAUAGUACCAUUCCAGCUAAACUUUUAAUACAGCUCACAACAGCUUUUCGAGAAGGUGGACUCCGUGAUAGAAGUGGUACAUUUAUCUACAAGGAUCACCUUCACAAAAUCAAUGUUCCAGUCUUAGCUCUUGCAGGAGACCGCGACUUGAUUUGUCCACCUGAAGCUGUUUAUGAAACUGUAAAGGCUAUUCCCGAGCACUUGGUCACCUAUAAACUAUUUGGGGAGCCCGAUGGUCCACAUUAUGCUCAUUAUGACUUGGUAGGAUGCCGAGUGGCUGCUGAACAAAUAUAUCCUUGCAUUAUCCAAUAUCUAUGCCAUCAUGAUGUCUGGCUGGAAUAAUGAGGAUGCCUGUUGUUUUGCUUGCUUCUAAUAUGGGUGUAUGAGGAUACAACUUCACCAAGCAAAUAGUUACAGUGGAAUUUGAAAUGUCACCUUUUAUGCCCUGUUUACCUGUUUGGAGUUGAUUAGUCAUCUCCAUUUCACCAUGCUUUUUGCACACAGCGUAUCUGUGUUUUCAGUUUAAGUUGAAAGAAGUUAUACAUAUAGUUUAAUACCGAAGAAAUACCUUUGAAUGUAUAUAUGACUAUAUUAAGCAUUACCUUUGAAUUUUCAUUACUACAGGCUUGAAUGUAUAUAUGACUAUAUUAGGCAAUACCUUUGAAUUUUCAUGUUGAAUAUGCGAAGUUUCUCUGAGUUAAAAUUUGAGAUUAUCUA